UUUAUAGUACUGCAUUGAUGGCCUAUAAAUACAUAUCAACAAUUAUUGUGUUGGUGGACCACGGUGAAAAGUGUUUGGGAACGAGUAUAUAAUUAAUUUUCAUUAGUGAAAGCGAUAUUGUCGACAUCGUGAUUUAACCUUUAAAUUGCGAGUCCUUCUUUUGACUGUGCUAAUCAGUUAUAUAUUUUAUUUGCAAUAACUGUGUGCGCGCGCGAGAUACAUAAUAAUGGAAGAGGUUAUAAAAUUGGAACACUUGUCGCUGGUUUCGAAAAUCUGCACCGAGUUAGAAAAUCACUUGGGAUUAAAUGACAAGGAUUUAGCCGAGUUUAUUAUACAUUUGGCUGAGAAGAACAACACGUUCCCGGCGUUCAAAAAGGUGUUAAUCGAAAAUGGGGCAGAGUUUUCAGAUUCCUUUAUGGCGAAUCUCCUCAGAAUAAUACAGCACAUGAAACCUGCCAACGUAUCUCCGGAGAAGACAUCGAAGCUCGCGAGUAAACAAGACGAACUGGCGUUAAAAUUUCCUGCACUGGCCUUGCCAAAUGAGGACGUGCAGCAUUCUAGUACAAACCAUGCUAAAGACGAGGAUAUCGUUAACGACGUUAUGGCGUCUCUGGAAGCAUUCGCACCGUCCAACAAGAAACAGUCCACAGACAACGAGAAGAGCAAGAAUGGGAGCGACAGCGGCGAAAAGAAGAGUAAGCGAGAGAAAAGAAGCAAAAGUAGAUCACGAGACAGAAGGAGGCACAGAUCCAGAUCGUCGAACCGGAAAGACAGACGACGUAGAUCCAGGUCUCGGUCUCGUCACAGGUCGCGUGACAGAACACGCAGGAGACGCUCCGGGUCGCGAGAACGUAGGAGAUCAUCGUCUCGUGAUCGCAGAGAUUCAAGGUACUCGAGGAAGCGCGAUAAAUCUCGCGAUAGGUCUAGAUCCGUCGAGGAAUCGCUCUCCUUAGAACCAGAAGUGGGCAAGAUCUAUGCGGGUAAAGUCGCGAACAUCGUGCCGUUCGGCUGCUUCGUUCAGCUGGAGGGCCUGAGACGCAGGUGGGAGGGGCUAGUUCACAUCUCCCAACUGAGGCGGGAAGGUCGAGUGGCAAAUGCGAGCGACGUGGUUUCCAGAGGUCAAAAGGUUCUAGUCAAGGUGCUCAGUGUCGGUGGGCAGAAAGUGUCUCUGAGUAUGAAGGACGUCGAUCAGGAGUCGGGUAGGGAUCUGAAUCCUGUAUUGCCAAUUGUUAAAGCGGAAGAGGACGAGAAGCACCUGCGUAAUCCGGACAGACCUACGUCCUUGUUGGAGCUUCAGGGCAAUUACGACGAGGACGAGACGUACUCGAGGAAACGCGUGCAGCGCUUAUCAUCGCCGGAGAAGUGGGAGAUCAAGCAGAUGCUGGCCGCGUCGUGCAUCGACAGGAGCGAGUUACCGGAAUUCGACACGGAGACCGGGAUUUUACCGCGGGAGGACGAUGAGGAGGAGGACGUGGAGAUUGAGCUUGUCGAGGAGGAGCCGCCGUUUCUGCACGGUCACGGCAGAGCACUGGGCGACCUCAGCCCCGUGCGGAUAGUUAAGAAUCCGGACGGCUCGCUGGCACAAGCGGCAAUGAUGCAGAGUGCCUUGGCGAAGGAACGACGGGAACAGAAGAUGCUGCAGCGCGAGCAGGAGAUGGAUUCCGUGCCUACUGGCUUAAACAAGAACUGGAUAGACCCAUUGCCAGAGGCGGAGAGUCGUACCCUGGCAGCGAACAUGCGCGGCAUCGGGCUGCAGACGCAGGAUCUGCCCGAAUGGAAGAAGCACGUGAUAGGCGGCAAGAAAUCGUCGUUCGGAAAGAAGACCAAUCUGACGCUGUUGGAACAGCGUCAAAGCCUGCCCAUCUACAAGCUGCGCGAUGAUCUAGUAAAAGCGGUGACGGAUAAUCAGAUUCUGAUCGUCAUCGGGGAGACCGGCUCGGGCAAAACGACGCAGAUCACGCAGUAUCUGGCGGAGGCCGGUUUCACCACACGUGGCAAGAUCGGUUGCACGCAGCCUCGACGAGUGGCCGCUAUGAGCGUGGCGAAACGCGUUGCGGAAGAGUUCGGUUGUUGCUUGGGCCAGGAAGUGGGAUACACCAUCCGUUUCGAGGACUGCACCGGGCCAGAGACCAGCAUCAAGUACAUGACAGACGGUAUGCUGUUGCGCGAGUGCCUGAUGGACCUCGACUUGAAAACAUACUCGGUGAUCAUGCUGGACGAGGCACACGAGCGCACUAUCCACACGGAUGUACUGUUCGGCCUGUUAAAGCAGGCCGUUGGCCGCAGGCCUGAUCUCAAGCUGAUCGUCACCAGCGCUACCCUGGACGCGGUCAAGUUCUCGCAGUACUUCUUCGAAGCACCAAUUUUCACCAUACCCGGGCGCACGUUUGAAGUAGAGGUGAUGUAUACGAAGGAACCUGAAACGGACUACCUGGAUGCCGCUCUGAUCACCGUCAUGCAGAUCCAUUUGCGCGAGCCACCAGGCGACAUCCUGCUCUUCCUCACUGGCCAGGAAGAGAUCGACACUGCCUGUGAGAUCCUCUACGAACGCAUGAAAUCGUUGGGUCCAGAUGUCCCGGAACUGAUCAUUCUACCAGUUUAUUCGGCUUUGCCUUCGGAGAUGCAGACCAGGAUAUUUGAGCCAGCUCCACCCGGUUCGCGCAAGGUUGUCAUCGCCACGAAUAUCGCCGAGACCAGCCUGACGAUCGACGGUAUCUACUACGUCGUCGAUCCAGGUUUCGUCAAGCAGAAGGUCUACAACUCUAAAACCGGCAUGGACAGUCUCAUAGUCACACCGAUCAGUCAAGCAGCAGCGAAGCAGCGCGCCGGCAGAGCUGGAAGAACCGGACCCGGAAAAUGUUACAGACUCUACACCGAGCGAGCCUACAGGGACGAGAUGCUGCCCACGCCGGUUCCAGAGAUUCAACGAACAAACCUGGCCACUACCGUGCUGCAACUGAAGACGAUGGGCAUCAACGAUCUCCUACAUUUCGAUUUCAUGGACGCGCCGCCGGUGGAAUCACUGAUUAUGGCACUCGAGUCACUGCACAGUCUGAGCGCGCUUGACAACGAGGGCCUGCUUACACGACUGGGUCGGCGAAUGGCAGAGUUCCCGCUCGAGCCAAACCUGUCGAAGAUGCUGAUCAUGAGCGUGCACCUUCAAUGUUCCGACGAGAUUUUAACAAUUGUCAGUAUGCUGUCCGUGCAAAAUGUUUUCUAUCGACCGAAGGACAAACAGGCAUUGGCCGAUCAGAAAAAAGCCAAAUUUAAUCAGGCCGAGGGCGACCACCUGACUCUGUUAGCAGUGUAUAAUUCUUGGAAGAAUAACAAGUUGAGUAACGCCUGGUGUUACGAGAACUUCGUGCAGAUCAGGACACUGAAACGCGCACAGGAUGUACGCAAGCAACUGCUAGGUAUAAUGGACAGGCACAAAUUGGACGUAGUCUCAGCCGGCAAGAAUACAGUACGCAUACAGAAAGCAGUGUGCUCGGGAUUCUUCAGAAACGCUGCGAAGAAGGAUCCUCAGGAGGGAUACAGGACAUUAGUCGACAGCCAAGUGGUGUACAUUCAUCCUAGUAGUGCGUUAUUUAAUCGCCAGCCGGAGUGGGUAAUUUAUCACGAACUAGUGCAGACUACCAAGGAAUAUAUGAGAGAGGUGACAACCAUCGAUCCAAAGUGGCUGGUCGAGUUCGCGCCCGCGUUUUUCAAGUUCAGUGAUCCGACGAAGCUCAGCAAGUUCAAGAAGAAUCAGCGAUUAGAGCCGCUCUACAAUAAGUACGAGGAGCCGAAUGCGUGGAGAAUAUCUCGGGUUCGCAGACGACGCAAUUAAAAUGUACGCUUACAACUCGUAGAAAUAAAAUUUUGUAGUCAUAUUACAUGUGUGAGUACAUAAGAUUUUUAUUUUAAAUAAAUUUCUUAGAAAUUUUUAGAGAAAAAAUAUUCUAGCUCAAAACGAUAUUUUCAUUAUUUCUGUUUAACAAAUUAUGGCGAUAAAACUUAACAAUAAAAGAUACUUUUAUUCUGCAUUGUAAA